UCCUCCCAGCGCUCCCAAAUCAUUCGCUCCAAAUUCCGAUCUGGUGAGAGACUUCUCUGCUUGUAGGGAAGGGAUACUUGGGGUCCUGGGAUACUCUAAUUUGCAGAGCAUGCAUGGAGGGAUACGGUGGCAGGGGGAGGCAUGUGUGGAGGGGUAUGGUCGCUGUGGGAGGCAUGUGUUUCUAGACAAAAGGUCACUGGUGCAUAAAGGUGGCCCCAGCGAAGGGGGCGAGUUGUGUGUGAGGAGUGGAUGGCGAGGGGCAGGUGUGCAGAGGGUCAGACACUGCAGAAGAACAGGGGUUUAAGUGGACAGAUGUGCAAAGUGGAGAAGCACCCAGAGCAGGGACUUGGCAUUGACCAGUGUGGGGGUGUGCAUGAGGGGACCACAAAGCCUUUCAAGCAUCCAAGGUUUUAUUUUAGGUCUCAAUGCAGGUAGAAAAAGUGUGUCAGUAGAUAGAAAUGGAGGUCAAUUCCCGAAGAAGCAAAGGGUCCUUGACUGCGUAAAUGAGCGUGCUUACAUGGUUGGGGGUGCACAGACACCAGUCACCCUGGAGCAAAGAGUGUGCAUGCAUUCAAAGAGCGGAAGUACAUACAGAGAGAGCCUUGCUUCACAGCUAGGGGCCAAAUCCUGAGUGUGCAAAUGAGUGUGUUAAUGUGGCAGGGUGGGUGGAAAGAGAGUGAGCCAAGGGUGAACCCUAUUGAGGGCACAAGUGCACGAAAGUAGCACACAGGCAAAACUAGAGCUAGAGACUUGAAUAUGUAAAAGGUGGGAGUGCAGGAGGCAAUUACUACGGGGAGGCCCAGAGGUAGCACAAAAGGGAGUAAGUGGGUGCUAAGCGGGGUGCCCAGAUAAAGAGAGACAAGGUUUAAAUGGGCCAGGCUGCCAAGAUGGCGAUUGUGCAGAGUGGGGUGGGCACAGGCUGGUGCAGGGGGCAGGUGGUGCUGGGGGCAGGGCUGCCUCCUGCCUGAAGACUGGCUGGCUUCUAGCCCCAGAACAUCUCUGGCCCUGGCGUAGUGCUGGCAGGAGCAGCUGGGAGGCCCGGGAAAGGGAGUGGGCUGCCUGCCCACUGCCUGCUCUGGGUGUGUAAGGGGGCUGGGCACAUGUGUCCCGCCAACAACUGCAGCUCACUACGCCUGCCAGGCCAGGCUCCUGGACACUCCCUUCCCGCCUUCUCCUCCCACUUCUCUCAUCCCUCCACAGUCCUCCAGCUUCGGAUCCACAGAAGGUAUCAGGACCCUAGCCUCUCAGGGUCCUUCAGCUCCUCUCCAGCCUCAAAUCCAGAUCCAUGGAUCUCAGCCUCAGGCCCGGCUCUGGCCCCAGCUCCGGCCUCGUCCUCGGGCCCUGCCCCUUUCCUCUUCAGCCCUGGGGUCCUGCUCCCUGAGCCAGAAUACUGCCCUUGGAAGUCCCUGAAGAAGGAGUCUCCCAAGAACUCCCGACAUUGGAGGGAGCCCACGCUUGAGGGAAACUUGACAUACCACCAGUACAUGCCCCCAGAGACAAGACAAGGGCCCAGAGCAGAGUCCCAGGCCCAAGGAUCAGCCCUGGGCCCCCCCGGGCAACCUCUGUGGGAAGGGGCAAAGUCACAGCACCCGCGUCCUAGGAUGAAGCCCACUCCCCUCACGCCCUCCCCACCAGGCGUCCCCAGCCCCUCGCCCCCUCCACACAAGCUGGAACUUCAGACCCUUAAACUGGAGGAGCUGACGGUCUCAGAGCUCCGGCAGCAGCUGCGCCUGCGGGGCCUCCCGGUGUCGGGGACCAAGUCGAUGCUCCUGGAGCGCAUGCGCGGCGGCGUCCCGCCCCGCGAGCGGCCGAAGUCGCGGCGUGAGGGCAGUCCUGCGGGUGGUCCUUGGCCGCGACUCAGGCCCAAGGCCCUGGGAGCCGCCCGACGGCAGGGUUCGCGCAAGCCGAGUCCAGCAUCUCGCUCGCCGCCUCGUCCACGUGCCGCGGAAGCCCUAGCGUCAGCUCCAGGCCGGGUUCCGGCCGAGGCUGCGACUCCAGCGCCAUCGCUGGCCCCUUCCUCAGCACCAGCCGCUGUGGGCCUGACUCUGGAGGAGGAGCUGCAGGAGGCGAUCCGCAGGGCGCAGUUGCUUCCGAACCGAAGCAUCGACGACAUCCUGGAGGUGGAGCCAGACGACCCACUGCCCCCCAUCCCUCUGGACUUCCCUGGCCCCUUCGACGUGCUGUCUCCCUCGCAGGAUUCUGAAGGCCUCUCAUCUGUCUUCUCGUCCUCGCUCCCCUCCCCCUCGAACUCUCCGUGCCCCUCUCCCAGGGCCCCCACUGACUCCUUGGACUGGCUGGAGGCUCUGAGUGGAGGUCCCCCGCUGGACUGUGGCCCCCCAGGUCCCAGUAUCUUCUCUGCUGACUUAUCUGACUCUAGUAGCACUAGGCUGUGGGACCUGCUGGAGGAUCCGUGGUGAUGGAUUUCUGGGGUUUCCAGGGACUGAGAACUGGUGGGGGUGGAGGCCACAUAAAGAGGCUCCCUGAGGGGUGGGGUGGAAUGACCAGCAGAUCCCCUCCCACCAGAGUCAGCGAGUACCCUCAUCCCCACUUGGCCCCUGAACUGCUGCUGACAGGCCACUUGCUUUGCCUGCCUGAUCUCCAUGGGACUCCCUCCAUUUUGUGUGGGUGGGGGCAGGGAGGUCUCAUUUGCUGCUGACCUGAGCAAACAAGCUGCUUGCUGCUUCCUUCAGAGUCCUUGCAGAUGUUUUUGUUCCCACCUUCAUCCCCCCACCCCACUGACCGUUGCCUAUUGCUUGGGAAUCUGGAAAGUGGUCUAUCUGUUUUGGAUUCAGAAGAGGGGCUUGGAAGAGUGGGAGGGAGAAUAGGGAGCCAGACAACUGGCUUCCGGUCCAAGGUCAGUUUCUCUUGGAAGCAAAGGCUGAGGCAAAAUUCAUGUGCCCACGAUUUAGUACAGAAAAGAAAUGCUCCUAGGAGAGACCGAUAAGGCAGUGGAGGGAACAGGACAGUGAAGAGGAGGAUGGAUAAGAGUGUAAUGUUGGGUGAAGUCCCAGCAUCCUGAUGGGUGCUCUGGAGGAUCAAGUUGCACCAGGAGGUAAAGGAGGAUCCCUGUUUGGGCUUAUUAUUGCUGAAUGACAAGCUGUCCUAAAAUUUGGAAUCUUCAAACAAUAACCACUACCACUCACAAUUCCUUGGGUUGUCUGUGCUCAGCAAGCAGUUCUCCAGCUCCUGUGAUAUCAGUUAGGACUGAGGUCAUCUGGGGACCCUGCUGAGCUAGAACAACGCGGCCCAAUGUGUCUGGUCCCUGAGUUGGGGCCCACAGUAGCCUGGGCCCAAAUGGGCCAGUCUAGUUUUCUCUUUCUCAGUGCUCUCUCUCCGUGUGGUCUCUCCCACAGGGCAGCUGGUAGCUCAGGGCUCCCAAAGUGAGCAUUCCCAGGGCAGAAAGCAGAAAUGGCCAGUCUCUUAAAGACUAAGCUUGGAACUGGCACAGUCUCAUUUCUACCUCAUUCUCUUGGUGAAUCAAGUCAGGCCAGCCCACGUUAAAUAUGGAGGUACACAGAGGUGUGAAUAUCAGGGGCAUGGUCACUGGGGCCAUAUUUGGAGACUUGCCACUACACCCCUCCAGUCUGUCAUGGGCCAGGAGUCACAGUGGGGAUGGGACACUUUGGGCCCAAGGAAGAAGGUCACAAAAUAAAGCAAAGGGUUUUUUAAAAUGUAGGUUUCUUUAUAACUCAGGUAUGGUGAGACCAACAGAUUAGGAGUCAACUGCCAUUAAAAAGACAGCUUGUUAUACUCACAGAUCCCAAGAGGGCGUAAGCACACCACCCAGGCGGGCCAUACGGGGAAGCAUCAGGGUCAGUCACGAGGCCAAGGAGAGAGGGGAACUGGGCAUUAGAGUUUUCGUUGUGGUUUCCACAGGAAGGAAUGGAGGAGGUGGGCUCAGCUGGCUUGGUACUGUCUAGUUUGAAUAAUUUCAGCAGGUUCUGAGACAUGGGGGCUGCUCCUAGUUGUCUGAGCCCUGGCCGCUGGGUGAUUAGGCAGAGGGAUAGUGGCCUGGAGUAUAAGCUCCACAGAGGAAGUGGUGGGGGUCUCUGGAUUGGACGGUUUUCAUGUGAAAGGCAUGCUCACAAGCGAGCCCUUUAGCAUCUGUAGGAAUUGGGAGGGACUAUUCCUCCAAAGUCAGCUAGACUCCAGCCAUCAAAGCACCAGGAAUAGAGAAAAUAAAAAGGCAUGACGCAUACACAGAGAACUCUGAAGUUGGGGCCUGGGUGCAGAGGACUGAUGAAAGGAAUCUGAGUGGAUCUGGGUAGGCCCCCAAGAAUGUCGAGGAAGAAAAGAAUAGCAGUUCAGGAAUAUAAAGCAGGACUUAGAGCCAGUGAUCGCCCCUUAACUUGUUGUCACGGUCCUCUUCUGUACCCACAGCUCAUUGUGAAUGAGAGUGUGUUAAGAUGGCCCGCAGCGGCGCCUAUGAGGUGUCCUGGUCCAUGAAUCACCAUUAUAGCUGCUGGUUAACAAUUCUGGUGCCUCUGUGUGUGCAAACUCUGGUGGACACGCAAGAGCCAGGAUGAGAAGGGAAAGUAGGGGACAAGUGGGCCAGACCGGAAGCCAAGACAAGCCUAUGCAAGGAUUUGUCAUCCUCUCUUCCCAGAUGAGAUCAUGGGAGGCGAGAGACAGGGAGUGAUAGGUUCGGUCUUCUGCAGAAAGGAGAUGUUGGAAUAAGGGCUGAACCCAAUGCAUCAGAGUCUACAGUCUGUGUCUUCAGAGUUGAAAAAACAAAGAAACUCAACCUCUGCUCUGGCGAAGGUCAUGCAUUUGCAGUGAGAGCGUCCCAGGGCAGAGUGAUGUGUAUUUUCAAGUGGUAAAAGAGAUUGGGAGGCCAUGACUUCUAGAAAGUCCCAGAAGCUGGAGGAAUGGGACAGAGUGGUCGGAGAGACAGAGAACCUACCUGCAAGGGCCUGCAGGUGUGAGUUUGGGGUACUGGAGCAAAAGUGAGUGGUGGGGCUGGUGAGGUGACCUCAGAACUGGGCUGCAGAAACUUCAAUGUCAGGCUGAAAACUGGUGGGAGAGGGGCACAGGAAACAGCAGGAAAGCUUGUGGUGGGACUUCCUCUGUCUCCAUUUACCUUCCAACCCUUCUACGCCCUUAGGACAGUUGUAUUGGAUACGUCGAAGAUCAAAAGUAUCCAGAGCACAUGGACCCAACUAGCUUUCUUUACUCUGUCUGCAAUUAAUUAAAAAAAAAUCUGAAGUAUGGAAAUGGUAACUAAAGUUAUAGAAGGUCCAAGAUUCAGAAUAAUAGCAGAUGCAACUACUGUGUUUGCUGGACAUCAAAUUCUACACUAGGGCCUCCUGGGUGGGGCAGGGGUUAAAGUUUCAGCUCUAUCAAACUACUGUUAGCCACUGCAGCCUGAGUUUGAUCCCCAGCCAGGGAGCCCACCCUGAUCCUUGGCUCUUUCAUGCAGGCGCACAAGACACCUGAUAGAUAAUCUAAUAUAGAACUGGUUUUAAAAUUUAUUUUUAUUAGUUUAUGCAUACAAGAACUGGGAUAUAGGCUAGAGGUGCUAGGGAUUUACCAGAGACAGAGUAGUGAGCAGAACAGGUAGAUCCACUGAAAUACACUGCUGAGGGGAGCAGCGGGCGAGACAGGAGAGGUCUGCUGUGCCAUCUGGGUCAGCUCCCUGGCUGGGGGAUUGAACUCAGGGAUCUAACUCAUGCUGCAGUGGCUGGUAAUAGUUUGUAGUACUGAGACUUUAACCCCUGUGCCACCAAUAAGUCUCAUUUAUCUGUUCUUAAAACCUCUAGUCCAGGGCCUCCCUGGUGGUGCAAGGAGUUAAGACGCAACCUA